AUGGACAAGCAAGUACAGGAUGACCUUUUGGGGGAUGUGAAGGACUUUCUGGAUGAGGAUACCCAAAAGUGCGUGGGUACCUUUUAUAUGGACCUCCUGGAACCGGAAAAUCCAGCUUCAGCCUGGAUUUCUGACAGCAAGCUGAUGAAGCUAUUUUCUGAGCUUCCGCCGCACUACAUCAUUCUCCUAGAGGACGUGGACGCCGCUGGGAUGGGGCAGAACAACUCAACAUCUGCAAUCACCCUAUCCGGUCUUCUGAAUGUUCUUGAUGGUAUAUCGUCUCAAGAAGGUCGGGUGCUUGUUAUGACGACCAAUCAUAUCGAACAUCUGGACGAAGCACUCAUUCGGCCUGGCCGCGCAGACAAGAAAGUCUUGCUGAUAAGAAGAUUUCCACUCAACUUUUUCAACACGGUCUUCAAGCAGACGGCAGACCACAAGGAAUCAAAGCAUAAAUUCGGUGAUGAGACGAUUGAGAGACUUGCCAACGACUUUGCUUCCAAGAUGCCAGAUCAAGUUUUCAGUCCAGCUGAAGUUUUGUCGUUCCUAUUGGAGCAGAAGAACUCGCCUUUUAGCGCUGUGACUAGUGUUGAAAACUGGGUAGCGAAGACAAAGGCCGGGAGCCAACUGAAGAGAGAGGGCUCCUGGGUACAAGAAGGACAUUAA